AAAGUCGGCGACAUAAGACAUAGCAGCAGAGUGGAGAAAGAAAAGAAAAGAAAAAAAAAAUGGCGACGGAGAUGGAAGAACUCGUGAGCUUUCUAUCUUCUCCAUCGCCACAGAUCACAAAAGCCGCCGUCGACAUAGUUCGCGGAUUAACCGGUUCCGUCGAGGGCUUGCAGUCCCUCGCCGAUUACCCAAACACGCUCUUACCGUCCUUGUCGCGCCUCUUAGCGUUACCCAAGGAGGUUGGGGUUUCGGAGGCCGCGGCGGAGGCGCUGGUGAACCUGUCGCAGAACGCGAGUCUCGCGGAGGCGAUGGUUCGUGCGGGACUGGUCGAAACGGCGAUGGAUGUUUUGUACAAGCCCCAGUGCGGGAUUGGUCGCUUGCUUGUCAUGCUUUUGGUCAACCUCACUCAACUCGAUGCUGGUGCUGCUUCCUUGCUUCAGACUGAAGAUGAGAAGGUGCGUGGAUUAUAUGUAAUGAAGCUUGUGAGAUCGUUUUGCAGAACCACUCAUGAGAGUAAUGAUGAUGCAUUUGAGCAUGUUGGUUCGAUACUUGUUAACAUCUCAAAGCAGCGGGAAGGGAGGGAGCUUCUCCUUGACCCAAAACGGGGUCUCUUAAAGCAGAUAAUCAGACAGUUUGAUUCAAACAGUUUGUUGAGAAAGAAAGGGUUGCUGUUUCUAAUGGCUAAGCUAAGCCAACAUGGGAAGGUCUCUGGAACUAUUCGCAACUGUUGUUUUGAAGCUGAGAAUCAGCUGCAAAAUUUGCUUUUGGUGUCAGAGUUUCUCUGGCCUGCAUUACUUCUUCCUGUAGCUGGCAACAAGAUCUACAGUGAGCAAGAUAGAUCGAAAAUGCCACUUGAACUUGGGACUGCACUCUCGAUUGAACGUGAACCAGUUAAUGAUCCAGAAAUUCGUACUCAGGCAUUGGAAGCCAUAUACUUGAUCAUAUUGCAGGAGGCAGGUCGAAGAGCCUUUUGGUCUGUAAAUGGACCUAGAAUAGUACAAAUAGGUUAUGAAGAUGAGGAAGAUCCAAAGGUGUUGGAAGCAUAUGAGCAACUGGGGUCCUUGUUGAUUCACAGCAGCAAUGCCGAGGAACCAUCCACUGAGACCACAAAGUAGUUAUCUUGUGUUGCCAUCAAUUGACCCUGCCUUGUCUCCAUUAAAACUCUAAUGGUUAUGUAGCUCAUUCCAAGUCAAAAUGUUCCAUUUUGAGUUUAGAAUCACCAUUUUUAGAUAUAUGUAAAUUAUGCGGCUCGGAAUUGUUGGUCAAAAUUAUUUAUACACACGGCAGAAUGAGUGAAAGAUGCACCCUUGUGUAUUUGGAAUUUUGAAUUCUCUAAAACUGCAGGUACUAUAGUCUAUAAAUCCCGUUUUUGAUGUA